CUCAGCGGAGUGAGAGGCCGAGCUUACUGCAUUGCAGCCGCCGCGGCGCCGCUCGGCUCCUGACUUCCAACAAUGGCGGCUCCGACCCCGAGCGGCGGCGGCGGCGGCUCCGGGGGCGGUGGCGGCACCCCGGGUCCCAUCGGUCCUUCCGCCCCCGGCCACCCGACGGUCAGCAGCAUGCAGGGCUUUCAGAUAAACUUCUGUGAAAAGGCACAAAGUAAACGCAAAGCACUGAAGUUGAAUUUUGCCAAUCCACCUGUCAAAUCAACUGCACGGUUUACUCUCCAUCCUAACACUACAGGAGUCCAGAACCCACACAUAGAGAGACUGAGAACACACAGCAUUGAGUCAUCAGGAAAACUGAAGAUCUCCCCUGAACAACACUGGGAUUUCACUGCAGAGGACUUGAAAGACCUUGGAGAAAUUGGACGAGGAGCUUAUGGUUCUGUCAACAAAAUGGUCCACAAACCAAGUGGGCAGAUAAUGGCAGUUAAAAGAAUACGGUCAACCGUGGAUGAAAAAGAACAAAAACAACUUCUCAUGGAUUUGGAUGUAGUAAUGCGGAGUAGUGAUUGCCCAUACAUUGUUCAGUUCUAUGGUGCACUCUUCAGAGAGGGCGACUGUUGGAUCUGUAUGGAGCUCAUGUCUACCUCGUUCGAUAAGUUUUACAAAUAUGUAUAUAGUGUGUUAGAUGAUGUUAUUCCAGAAGAGAUCUUAGGCAAAAUCACUUUAGCAACUGUGAAAGCACUAAACCACUUAAAAGAAAACUUGAAAAUUAUUCACAGAGAUAUCAAACCUUCUAAUAUUCUUCUGGACAGAAGUGGAAAUAUUAAGCUCUGUGAUUUUGGCAUCAGUGGACAGCUUGUGGACUCCAUUGCUAAGACAAGAGAUGCUGGGUGUAGGCCGUAUAUGGCACCUGAAAGAAUAGACCCAAGUGCAUCACGACAAGGGUAUGAUGUCCGCUCUGAUGUCUGGAGUUUGGGGAUCACAUUGUACGAAUUGGCCACAGGCCGAUUUCCUUAUCCAAAGUGGAAUAGUGUAUUUGAUCAGCUAACACAAGUGGUGAAAGGAGACCCUCCACAACUAAGUAAUUCUGAAGAAAGGGAAUUCUCCCCCAGUUUCAUCAACUUUGUCAACUUGUGCCUUACGAAGGACGAAUCCAAAAGGCCAAAGUAUAAAGAGCUUCUGAAACAUCCCUUUAUUUUGAUGUAUGAAGAACGUACUGUUGAGGUCGCAUGCUAUGUUUGUAAAAUCCUGGAUCAGAUGCCAGCUACUCCCAGCUCUCCCAUGUAUGUCGACUGAUACGGCUGCUACACCAGACUUUAGAAAAAAGGGCUGAGAGGAAGCAAGACGUAAAGAGUUUUCAUCCUGUAUCACAGUGUUUUUAUUGCUCGCCCAGACACCAUGUGCAAUAAGAUUGGUGUUCGUUUCCAUCAUGUCUGUAUACUUCUGUCACCUAGAAUGUGCAUCCCUGUAAUACCUGACUGAUCACAGUGUUAGUGCUGGUCAGAGACCUCAUCCUGCUCUUUUGUGGUGAACAUAUUCAUGACGUGUGGAAGUCAGUACGAUCAAGUUGUUGACUGUGAUUAGAUCACACCUUAAAUUCAUUUCUAGACUCAAAACCUGGAGACACAGCUACUGGAAUGGUGUUUUGUCAGACUUCCAAAGCCUGGAAGAACACAGUGAUGGAUAUACUAUGUCUGAACAUAGAGACUUGGGCUUGAGUGAGAAGAGCUUGCACAGCCAGUGAGACACAUUGCCUUCUGGAGCUGGGAGACAAAGGAGGGAUUUCCCUUUUUUCACCAAGUGCAAUAGAUUUCCUGAUCUGAUAUUCUGUUGCUUUACAGUCACAGUUGAUGUUUGGAGAUCAAUGUGCUCAGCCAAAUUCCCAAUUCAAAAUAUCAUUUCAAAUUAGAAUGAAUCUAUUUUUACCAAAACCAUGUUGCUUUCAGAGAGGUGAACAUUAAAAUACUGAGACAGGACAGAAUGUGUUCUUUGUCCUUUUCCAGCCCUGCUCUUCACUGGGAAGGUGCAGGAGUCUACCACUUGUAGUGGAAGGGUGCUGCCAACUUGAUGCUCUGCCUGCCACCUACUGCCAGGACUGAUUGAAGGAAACAGUACUGAGGGCAAAGUUUACAGAUGCUUUUGAUUCUGGUUUCUUCUCCAGAACAGUUUGUAGCAGCUAUAGAUUUUCCUUUAGCCCCAAGCCUGAUCCUUGAGCCAUCAUAACUGACUAACAGGGAGAAGUGGCUAGUAGCAAUGUGCCUUGAUGAUGAGAUGAUUUCCUGAAGGCAGCAAAACACCAAAUCACAAUUCUUUGCUUCUUGCCAAGUCUUCAGUUUCUAGUUCUUUCCCUUCCCCACAAUCUGUUGUCACCACAUGACUUUUGCUCAACCCAGCAUUUCACCUUGUUUUUCACGUUUGGGAUUCUAACAUUACCAGCAAUGUUACUUACUGAGGAUUUAUAGCCCUGAAUAUCUCCUGUGCUGUAAUGUUUGAAAAGCUGAGACAGCCAGUCCCAGUUGGUGUGAUAGGUAAGAAAGAGGCAGUCUGUUGGAGAGGCACAUUUGAGCAGAAUGAAGAUCUUAAAUGGCAGCCUUUCAAAUAGGCUUGUCACUUGUCGGGGCCUCUACUAGUUCACUAUCUCUCCCAGACGUGGAAUUUUACCCACCUCUGCCCUCCCCUCAAAAAAGGCAAAAUGUAAAGGAAGCCACUUCAUCUCAUGUGCUGCCUGUCUUCACUUUCCCAUUAGCCAGGCACUGAGCUUCAGGCUUUGCAUAGCAGGUAAUCAGCACUAGAAGUUGGCCCUUACAGAAUCAAGUCCUGGUAGGUAUUGCUGUGUCUCCCAGAGUGGCACACAUAAAUACGAUAAAACAAUAAAGGGAGAAUGGUGCUGUUCAAAGUUACAUCCCUAGUCACUGCAGAGUUUAAAAAUGGUUCAUCUCUUGGUCCACUUGCCUAACCUCCCUCAUUCCUACCCCUGGCCACCUAACCCGUAGACUCUCUGAGUACCAAGCCAUCGUCCUCCAUUGCUCCCCCAGGACUCAAGAGGAAUUUGUUUCUCUGCUGUCAGCUUCCUGUCUGGCUCAGUAUAGCCUCACUCCGCCAUUAUGCAAAUGGAGAUCAAAGCAAUUCUGACUGUCCAGGAGCUAUCUCACUUUCUGCUGUGUGGGUGACCACAUAAAAAGGCAAUUUUAGUGUAUUAAUCAUAGAUUAUUAUAAACUAUAAACUUAAGGGCAAGGAGUUUAUUACAAUGUAUCUUUAUUAAAACAAAAGGGUGUAUAGUGUUCACAAACUGUGAAAAUAGUGUAAGAACUGUACAUUGUGAGCUCUGGUUAUUUUUCUCUUGUACCAUAUGAAAGUAUAUAAAAAAUAUCAAAAAAGCUGAUGUGCAGGGAUUUUGCCUUAUUUGUCUGUAACAUAACUGCUUCUUGGAGCUUUGGAAUAUUUUAUCCUGUAUUCUUGUUUGAAUCCCUCCUCUAUUUAAGACAUAGCCAUGGAAUCCACAUGUUUAUGGAAUAGUCUACCCUUUGCCUGCAGGUCAGUUGUAAUAAAUCUAGGAUGUGAUGAUGA